AUCACCCAAACUGCUGCGGCGCUGAUUCCUGCUGACGUUUCCUGAGCUAUUUCCAGGAAAGAAGGUGUAUUUUAAAGCUGCAGAUGUACCGUCUGCAAGUCAAAGCCUUUCGGAUUUUAUUGUAGUUUCUUGUGAUUAUUCUGAUGGGCAACGGAACAGGAGCCAUAUGGAGUAAAAGUCAUCACUGGCACAGGUGAACACCCACUCAUGGAUCUGAUCAUGUGAAAUCAUCUGAGAAUCUACUGUACAGGAUCAUGCAAAACUACCAAACUAUAGAGUAUAAGGAUGACAGAGAAAAAGCUUGACAGAACCCCAAACGUACAAGCUUUGUUGAACGUCUUCCUCACAUGAAAAUUCCUUUAUCCGUCACAAUGCCAGCCACAGGUGGAGUUCCUCCCAGCAUCAGUGUCUCAGUACUCCAUGUCUUACUUAGCUCUCCCUCCACCACCACGCCACCUCCAUCUUGCAGCAUAGACGAGUCCUACAAGUACAUCUUCCUCCCCAUCUGUUACUCUUUCACGUUCCUCUUCAGCAUCUCCCUGAACGCUAUCAUCCUCUACCGUUCCAUCCGCCAGACCAAACGCUGGAAUGCUUCAUUGAUCUACAUGGUGAACCUGGCCUCUACAGACUUUAUGUAUGGCCUGUCCCUGCCAUUCCUUGUGGCUAGUUACAUUAUGCAUGACCGCUGGGUCUUUGGGGACUUCAUGUGCCGCCUGGUCCGUUUUCUCUUCUACUUUAACCUUUACUGCUCCAUCUUCUUCCUCACCUGCAUCUCCGUCCACAGGUACCUUGGCAUCUGCCACCCAAUGAAAGUCAUCACACUAGAGACCAAGAAGGCUGUCAAAUGCACUUGUGUCCUGGUUUGGAUUGUAGUGUUUGCUUUGACUUGCCCUAUCUUCCGGUUUGCUCAGACUGGUCAUGUAACAAGAUUGGGAGGGCCUGGCGGCAAUGCAAGCAGCAUUGACAGCCCAAUCCAUGAGGUAUCAUCAAUAAAUGGUAAUGCCAGCUAUGGUAACAUGGGAGGAGUCAUUACGGAGUACCAGAACUGUUGGGACGAUGCCAUAGAUAAGGAGUUUCCUGAUUACAUACCCUAUGGCAUCAUACUCCAUUUGCUGGGCUUUUUUGUGCCUUUUUCCAUAAUUGCUUGGUGUUACUCUCACGUUGUUCUGACCAUAUUUAGGACUCUGCAUUCUCACCCCUCAUCCUGCAGAGGUCGAGGAGAGGGACGACAUGGUGGAAGAGAGAGAAAUACCCCAGCAUUAGUUGCAAGAGGAAGAAGAGGAAGCAAUGGACUGUCGAGGACACUGGAAAGAGAUGAGGGGAUAUCCAUUUUCCUUGGUGCCAAUUCGCCUUAUGCCAAUCGCAGACGUAAAUCUAUCAAGACCAUCAUCACCAUCACCCUUCUCUUUGUGCUGUGUUUCUUCCCCUUUCAUGUUACUAGAACCAUCUUCCUCCUGCUGAAAGUGACCAAGGGAGUCCCCUGUCACACUAUGACCAUGGUCUCCAUGUGCUAUAAGAUCACAAGGCCUUUGGCAUCGUUCAACGCAUGGCUCAACGCCCUCCUUUACUUCUUGACUAAAGACAAGGGGGGAGCUCACUGCUGCCAGGCGGUAAGCACCACCAGCCAACAACAUGGUGGGCUUCUAUGGCCACUCAGGAUGAUGGGAAAAGGAGAGGAUGCAGAGGAGGGAGGGCUGGGAGACAGAAAUGACACUAAGAAGACUAAAACAUUUCACAACAGUCCGUCAUACAUGAACAGAGCAAAAAUCAGAUAUAUAGUUGAAUGAAUGUUAUUAUGAGGAAUGAAAGAAAGAAUUUUAGAUGCACUGUAGGUUGACUUUUACUGGAAAAUAUAUAUAUACUGUAUAUUAUGAGCACUGUAGCAAAAGCAAUGAUUAAAGAAGAGCCAGGCAAGAAACCUUAUAUGCCUUUAAUUUCUAAUUGUAUGUGCCUAAGUCAUACUUGUACUUUCAAGUCAUCCUGGGGGUUAACAUGAACACAAAUGUGACACCUCAUUACGGUGAUUAUCUGUAAUUUUGUUUUACAGGGUGUAUAUUCAAACUGUGUUUCAGAGUAAAUGUGCUACUUAGGGAUCACUGAUUUAUUUUCAAAGCCCAGCAAUGCUUGAAAGAAGACGUUGUUUGUAUAACGUGCCAUUCAACCACGUCUGAAGAUAAAAGUGUUUCUACCUGUUCCAAAUGGCUACACUAGAAAAGUCAUAGAGAGGAACAAGGAACAAUGGGAAUAUCGGCGCUCACUUUUAGACUUCUCUCCAUGAAGGCAUUCAUGGUGUUGCACUCUGUUGUAUACGUACACAAAUGCCUGAAGUAGUUCUGUGAAGGAUGA